AGAGCUGUGAUUGGACCUUAUUAGACUUCGGGGUAGCAAAUAGGGGUGCUGGUUGCAUGAUUGGCUUCAAAGUGGCUGCUGGGGCCAAACAACUAUCAAAGGUGCAAAAAGAAGGAAGGAAGGAAGACGAGAGAGAGAAGAAAGAGAAAGAAAGAAAGAAAGAAAGAAAGAAAGAAAGAAAGAAAGAAAGAAAGAAAGAAAGAAAGAAAGAAAGAAAGAAAGAAAGAAAGAAAGAAAGAAACGCGCUGGGCAUUGCCAGUCCCGAAGAAAGCAAGUUGCCUGGCGCGCGAGGGCAAGAGCCCUCGGACCGAAGAGAAAGCAGCGUGGAGGAACCCCAGCGGGCAUCCUCGGGUGUCCUAAUAUUCCCUCCCCUACCGCCGCUGCUCUCACUUUUCUCUCGCGGAUCUGCAGCGGCGGCAGCGUCGCUUGGCCGGAGCAUCCGCGUACCAGCAACGCGCGCCUGGCACUGCUGUCGGAAGCAGCCUGGCUCUUCGUGGCUGGAAAGCAGCCGGAGCGGCGAGGCAAGAGAAGGAGGGGGCGCUCCGCCCGUCCAGCCAGCCCCGUCCGUGUCGGUGCCCCACACGCUGCUCUUGUUUACCGGGCGGGAACCAUGACCUCGGUGCUGGAGAGCAGCCGAACCUCUGGAGGAGGAGGCGGUCAGCUGAAAGGCAAGUCUAAGCGGCGGCGGAGACGGCGUUCCAAGAGGAAAGCAGAGAAUUCAGGAUGGGUUCAUACCCUGCUUCCAAGGAUCUCACACCGAUUGCAGGAACGUUGUAACACCCAGUUUGGCACAUGGCUGGAUGCCACAGAUCACCGCCUCUCCACACAAUCAGAAACACCACAUGAAAAGGGAAGCAUUUUGUCAACUUUCAUUGCACCCCUGAAGUAUUUGAAUCCUUCAGCAGCCAACAUGGAAAAUGAGGAGAAUUUAAAUAUAAGCAGUGCUGAAGUAAAGGAGAACCGUAACAUUGGCAAUUUAGAAGAUCAUUCAGUUACUUCUAAUGAAAGAUCAAGAGUAGCAGCUUCCAGGGUUAAAAGAAAAAGGCCUCUAGAAGAGGGCAACAGUGGACAUUUCUGCAAAUUUCAGCUCAUCUGCAAGAAGAUCUCAUGGACUGUAACACCAAAGAAUGCCCUGGUUCAGCUACAUGAACUUAAACCUGGUUUACAAUAUAAAAUGAUUUCCCAAACAGGCCCUGUCCAUGCCCCAGUAUUUGCAGUUGCUGUGGAGGUUAACGGACAUACAUUUGAAGGCACUGGCCCAACAAAAAAGAAAGCAAAAAUGAGAGCUGCUGAACAAGCCCUCAAAUCAUUUGUGCAGUUUCCCAAUGCAUCUCAAGCUCACUUUGCCAUGGGAAAUUGUUUCAACCCAUCUACGGACUUUACAUCAGACCUAGAAGACUUCCCAGACACUCUGUUCAAGGAGUUCGAACCAUCCGCACACAAUAAAGAAUUCUCAGUCUGCACCCCGGUUAAUAACGAAUUGCUUUCUAAGGCCUGCCGUCAAGGGAAGUUGCUCUACCACACGUUGGACUUCAUGGGCCACCCUAAACAAAACAAGUACAAGAUGGCGUCCACCGCCAAGAGUGAAAAGAACCCAGUGGUGUUGCUCAAUGAGCUGCGGUCUGGACUGAGGUACGUCUGCCUUUCGGAGACUGUGGAGAAGCAGCAUAUCAAGAGUUUUGUGAUGGCUGUGAGAGUGGAUGGGAGAACAUUUGAAGGCUCGGGACAUAGCAAGAAGCUGGCUAAAGGUCAAGCAGCACAGGCUGCGCUGCAGGCCCUCUUUAACAUUCGUCUGCCCAGUCACAUUCCCAGCAGGAGCAAAUGUAAUCAUUUGCCACAGGAAUUUGCUGAUUCCGUGUACCAAAUAAUUACAGAGAAAUUUCAGGAGGUGACGGAUAACUUUGCUGCCCUCCAUGCAUGUCACAGAUCCCUUGCAGGAAUUGUAAUGACUAGAGGUAUGGACAUUCAGCAGGCUCAGGUUAUUGUGCUCUCUUCAGGCACCAAAUGCCUAAAUGGAGAAUACCUAAAUGAUCAAGGACUCGUUGUCAACGAUUGCCAUGCAGAAAUUGUGGCUAGGAGAGCUUUCAUUCACUUCCUUUAUUCACAGUUGGAGCUGCACUUGAGCAGACAACAAGAAGACAGCGAGCGAUCAAUCUUUGUGCGGUUAAAAGAGGGAAGCUACAGGCUAAAAGAGAACAUUCUGUUCCAUUUAUACGUGAGCACAUCACCUUGUGGAGAUGCACGCCUCAAUUCCCCCUAUGAAAUCACAUCUGACUUGAAUAGCGUUAAGCACAUAGUAAGAAAGUAUCGUGGGCAUCUUCGAACGAAGAUUGAAUCUGGAGAAGGAACCAUUCCAGCUCGAUGUACCAAUGGAAUUCAGACAUGGGAUGGCGUGUUACUGGGGGAACAGCUAAUCACAAUGUCUUGCACAGACAAAAUUGCCAGAUGGAAUGUCCUUGGGUUACAAGGCGCGCUUCUUAGCUACUUCAUCGAGCCAGUAUAUUUGCAUAGCAUUAUUGUGGGAAGCCUCUCUCACACUGGUCACCUUUCACGGGUAAUGAGCCAUAGAUUAGAAGAUGUUGGUCAACUUCCAGCUUCAUACCGGUGUAAUCAGCUUCUCCUGAGUGGAGUGAGUAACGCUGAAAGAAGACGGGCUGGGAAAUCUCCUGGUUUCAGCAUGAAUUGGAUAGCAGGCACAGCAGACUUAGAGGUUAUUAAUGCCACAACAGGGAAAAAAAACUGUGGGAGUUGUUCACGACUCUGCAAGCACAUGUUUUACACUCAGUGGGCAAAGCUUUAUGGAAAGCUGAGCACACCGAUAUCAAGCCAUGGAGAAGUGCCAUCAGGGUACAGCGAGGCCAAGUUGGUGGCACAUGUCUAUCAGUCUGCCAAACAGCAGCUGUUCAGAGCAUUUCAGAAGGCAGGCUUGGGCACUUGGGUGAAAAAACCCCCAGAGCAAGAUCAAUUUCUACUCGUGGUGUGAAUCAUUUGGCAUCUUGGUAACAUGACCAAAUUGAAAGGACUGGAGGAAAGAGAAAUACUCUACGGGAGCCGGAGAGACGUCAUGUGAGACCCCGUUCAACCCAAGUCAGAACCUUGUAUCUAAAUGUGUUAGAUAUGAGAUACAUUCUGGUUAAUGCACUGAACCUUUAGGAAACUGCUUUUACAUACCCAUCCCUUCUCAAGGAUGUACAAGCCCAGGUUACAAAAACGACCUUCACUGUUUGUUCCUUGUUUGUAGCACAUUGCUGUAAUUAUCUAAGCAGCACCUGUAUUUCAGGCAACAGCAGGUUGCAAGUUGCGUCUGGCUGAAAAACAAACAAAACCAUCAGCCCUCUGGUGUUCCUCUUCACCGUCAGUGCAAUAAUUAUCAUAGGAGGACGAGAGAUUUUUUUUCUAGGCUACAAACACAUGCAGGAAUUAGCAUACACGGAAACAUGGAAAGUUUUGUGUCUGUGUCUCUCUGUAUGGGUGUGAGAGCAAGGAAAGAGGUGGGAUUCCAGACUGCAAGCCUACACAGUGGAACCCCAGAGCUUUAGAAAAUCUGCUCAGUACAUCAAAAUCAGGGCAAUAGAAAAACAAGAUAUUGCCCAAAGUUUAGAUUAAAAGUUUCUGCGUGUUCACUGCAAGGAGCAUAAUAUUUCAGAAAGAAGCAAGGAAAAGCUUGCAUGUCUUUACCUUGCAUUUAAGAAAUAAUGGUUCCAAGAUUGAUUGAUGCCACAUCAUAACUAUCCUGUUCUUGCAGCUGGUUGCACUCAACAAAUAUUCAACACGUGAGAACCAUCAGCUGCCAUUUUGAAGGUCUCUAGUUAGGCAGACUGAACAUAGCUACAGAGCAGCCUGCCUGCCACUGACAUAUGGGUCCAUCUUUCUCCUCUGGGUUCCAAUUCAUGGGAGGCAACUGUAGUUCUGAGAAGAAGGAAGAUAGUGUUAAUUUCUAUAAAUCAGAGAUCUCCAAACUUGGCAACUUUAAGACUUGUGGAGGGAAUUAAGACUUCUGCUGGCUGGGAAUUCUGAGAGUUGAAGUCCACAAAUCUUAAAGAUACCAAGCUUGGAGACUCCUGCUAUAAAUUGAAAACAUUGUAGAAGACACAUCAAUAAGAAGAAAUUGCAAAAGAGUUGAGAGGCAAAGAUGUUGGCUCCAGCUGGAAUAUGGCAAGAAAGAGAGGACAGGAAAUGAUCUGAAAAACUGAGAGGAACUUGAGAAGUUACCAAAAGGAUUGGUAAAAGAUAGAGCAGGAUUAUAGAAGGCUGGGAGAAAUGAGAGGACUACAAGUGAGUUUGGUAGGGGUGCAAUUCUGGGACAAGGGCAUCACAUCCUGCACCAGAUGGAUGUUGUGCUGCAUGCUUCUCAGAAACCACCUUUUUUUUUUUUUGCACUCUAGUUAAAAGAGACACACAGAUGGGCCCCGUUGUUGCAAGAGACGACUGCACACUUUAAGUUGGUUGAAAGCACAUUACAGCAGAACCUCCCAGAUGCACAUACCAUAUUAAAGUCAAGCUGCAUUACAUUUCAUUUAUCUGCUUGCAACUCAUAAGCAGAAUAAAAAAGACGUUAAUUAGGACUCUCAAACUCAGUAUAUCUGUAAGCAACAGCACCCCUUUUGUCUUUGUACAAUCCUUAGCGUUUGGAUCUUCUGAGAUCCUUACUACAAUCUGGUCUAGGACCAGUCAGCUCAAAAAUCUGAAAUUGCAGAAAUUGGAAAAGAAUGUCAGUAUUGCACAAAUGCCAAUGGAAAGCAAUUCAGUUGUAUGUUUAAAAUAUUCUAAUGUCAACAGUGUGAAUUGGAACAUUUUUCUGAGGGAGGAAUUGGCAUAUAUUGAUAUUAGAAGAACUCCAAAUAGAAUGCUAAUUCUACUCUUACACGGUUUGCUCAUAUUCUUUUGUCUAUCAAGUAUGGUAUGAAAGUUCUCUAAUUUAUGUGGACCAAAGAUGCAGAGUGAGCCUCCUCUGUCAUGUUCGUCCACAAAUCUGUUGGCCUAGAUUCUAAAUGAGGGAUAAUUUGAAGCCCAUCUAGACAUUAUAGAUUGUUUGGAAGCACAAUUCCUAACCUUGAUAAGAUCACUCUUCUUCAUAGCUAUGAUCAGUUUUCUAAUAUCUAGUAGACCUGAAGGCAGCCUCAACCAGCACAAUAUCCUAUGAACGAGGCUUCCUCAGUUUCCUAGUUAGCACAGUUAUGCCAACCAAAGGCCUAACAUUUCUUUCACCAUCCAACUUUCUCCUUGAGUGAUUGAGGUCCGAAUCCAGGCAUUAUUUUUAAAUAUGCUAAACAGUCCUCCGUUGCUGCCCUCGAUCAAGGUACAUGUUUUAGAGCAUUGUUGCGAAAAUGAAAAAAAAAAACUAAUUCACUUUUCCAAUUGGAUGUUCUUCAAAUGUGUUGGACUGCAAAUAUCAACUUCAUUUAACACUGUGUAGUCCAACAUCACCAGGUUGGACUGGUGAUACCUUAAGUGAUUGGUAUGAUAUUCACCUGAUGUAGAUGUUAUUUAGGUUGCCCAAGAAGUUAUAGAAAAUCUAAGCAUCUCCAGAAUUAGUCUCUACCCAAAUGGUAGUUCUCUCUUUUUUUGUUGUUGUUGUUUCACAUGACAGGAUGUGCGGGUGUAGCGUUAUUGUUUCUAACUUUUAGUUUUCAUGAAUUGUGUAUAUAUGAACGUGCUGUUCCUGAUCUGUCUUGGUGUAUCUUCUUAGAGCUAUCCAACCGACAUAGGUCUCAUACACAAGAGCAGAGUUCAUUCUCGCCCUUGUUACAUGAGAGCUCUCCCUAGAACUCCCUUGAUGCUACCCAUUUUCUGCAGAUAAAGUUAGAUGCUCUGUAUAUAAGGUCUUGAGAGCCAUACUGAGUAAAUACAUUUGUUUAUUAAUGUCACAGGAUAGGACUAGCUGCUGUAUUUUAAUGAUUUUUUUUAGAUGAUAAAUUACAAGAUGUAGCUAUAGUGUCUGUACAAAUACAAUUAUUGUGAUAAACUAGAAAUUUUAAUUAGAUUUACAAAAGGAACACUCCCCUUGCAGAAAUGUCUUUAACAAAUAAUACAUUCCAUGUUAACUACCAAAAAAACAGCCCCUAUUUAGAGUAGAGAUAGUAGAAAAUACAAAUUCAACAAGUUUGGAAUAAAAAAAGGCUUUGUGAUGAUAACAAGUGUUUAAUUUUGAAACUGAGAUUUUCCUUGACACCUUGCGUGAGCUUCUCCAUGGGCAGCUACAUGGUGGCUCACCAUACUUUUUGCUUCCAUCCAACUUGAAAAAGAAGACAUACUUUCAAGUUUCCUAAAAGUAUAAACACUCUCAUCAAGAAAAAGGAAGCAUUAGUUCCAGAAUUAUAUUUAGUUCCAAGAAAGCCUUUGAAUUCCCUAAGAUUCUUGUACAUAGUCUCAGAAUAUUAAAAAUGUCAACACUCUGGGUGGACAUAUGCCCACCUCCAGAAAAGUAGACAAAAGUUGGGGUGUGUUGGGGAACAUCCUGUGAAAAGGAAUGGCAGAAAGCAUCCUGGCAAUUUGCCUUUAUAAGAGGAUGUUUAAUGAUUGAAUAUCUUCCUAAUGGCCAUGUUGUGAAAGCAUCCACAGAGAUACUUUCUCAAAUUUCUAAAAAUACUCAUAAAUCCCAGAGAAUUGGAGAAAGGAGAGAAUAGUUUCCGGAAGAAUCCAGUGAAAGUUAAGUUCCUCUAAAUUUUGCUGAAAUGAAUGGAAUUUCGUAUUUGUUGUCCUCUACUCAUCCAUGUGCAACUUCAUCCAUGUUUGUUUGGAAGUAAACUCUAUUGGCUUGAGUACUCAAAUGGGAGAUAAGAUUGCAUGAAAUCUCUUCCUGAAGAGCCUGUUCUCAAAAACUCCCAGGUUCAGAAUACAUUUGGAUGGUUGGAGCUAUUUUCCCUUCCAGCUCUAUUCUGAUUGAUUGAUUGAUUGAAUUGAUUGAUUGAUUGAUUGAUUGUCUAUUGCCCCCACUCCUCAAUUUUCCCUGCUAUAAAAAUAAAUGUUUUUAUUAACUUAUUAACUUUCCAAAUACAGGAUGCUUUUGAUCAAUCUCAUACACUCUUAUGAGAUUCAGACCAUCACUUUAUCCUUUUUUCCCCCCAUGAGACUCAAGCACGUAAAAAGCUCCCAUAGUAUGUUGGGUGGCUGCCUAGAAACAAUUGCCCUCUCACUAAAAACUCUGCCUGGGAGACUGUGAGUUUGUCACAAUAGCUCAGUGGAACCUACCUCACGGGUUGUUGUAAGAUUAAAAUGAGAACGGAUACAUGAAUCCUAAAUGAGAAGGUAACCCUUGGAGGAAAGUUAGAUAAAAUGUAAUAAUAACAUCCCUGCAACUUGGUUUUGUGUUUCAGUAUGUGGGCCAAAGCUGCUAAUAGAUCACAUUAAAGUGCCAUUUUACUAACAGGGUGGUUUUUCCGAAGUUAUCUUUAUAGUUGAAAAAAUAUGUAAUGCUUUCUUAGAAUUUCCAUAACAGUACAGCAUUCCUCUUCCAUAUAUGAAACAAACUUAACGGAGUUUCACAAUAACCCAAUCAUACAUGGCAUUUCCUGUGCCCCACUGCAUAUAGAGAUAUGCCUCUGCCCCUUCCUUUCUCGCAAGCUGGCUAUAACCCCAGAUCUCAUUCAUGCAAGAGAAUUUCUUGCUAACUUCCAUCGGAAGUUUUGUGAACUGCCUUACAUGUGGCCCGAGGACCAAUAAGGCUGUUCAUUUUGGUUCAGCACAAACUCCAUGCUUGCUACUUAAUUACCCAGAUUCCCAUAGAACUUUUGAACCGUUUUCUUAAACUCCUAAUCAUUAUUGUCAGAGUAAUGACGAUGGUUCUUUGGGGAACCUUUAAUACUACCUACUACUUAGCAAAUAUGUUGUCUAUUAAAGAGCUCUGGAUGAUAAUAAUGAUGAUAAUGUUUUUACCUUACUCUUUGCUUAUACAAGCACUUUUGUUGUUUUAGGAGUGAGCAGUUCACCCAAUCCACCAGUUAAAGACAAUAUAGACUCAACAAAGAAAACAAGAAUUAUGACAGAGGUUUCUUACACUGUUAACUUGACCAUGGAGAGUAUUGGAUAAUUCCAUGGAAAACCCUGAAAAUGUUGGUUUUGUCCUUUCAGAAUUUGAGUUCAAAGUGCAAAGCUCAUGCAAUAGCCCAACAUUUUGUAAUGACGCUUCUUCCCAAUUGUACAUCCACAUUUCGAACACAGGAGAGAAUGGCGCUGCACUAGGAAUUCAAAGAGAAGACAGUGUAUAUAGUGAGCAUGGAUGAAUGGCACAAUGGUACGAAUGGAUGUACAUUUGUAAGAUUUGUACAAACAAGAAGAACAAUUUCCAAGUGUGAAUUUGCUGCUAAAUUCUGUAAAUUGCACUUCAGUGAUACCUGAUAAGUGAAUGUUUCUGUUAUAAGUGAAUAAAAUGCCUAGAAAAAAA